UUGAGCCAUCAAUGGAGAUUCAAAUCUCAUACUCUAUCCUCCUCGCAAUCUCUUUCUUCUUCAUUAUAAUACUGAAGAGGUUAAGCUCUAACAAAUCCAUCAAAACGCUACCCCCGGGGCCAUUCAAAUUGCCUAUCGUUGGCAACUUACACCAACUUAGAGGAUCGCCACCUCAUCACGCCCUGAGAGACCUAGCCAACAAGUACGGACCCAUCAUUCACCUUCAACUUGGAGAGUUGUCCCACGUUGUCGUGUCUUCCCCAGAAAUAGCCCAAGAGAUCAUGAAGACACAUGACAUAACCUUUGCUAAUCGCCCCGCUCUUCUUGCGACCACCUUAAUUUCCAAUAAUACAGGCAUAUCCUUUUCUCCAUAUGGAAGCUAUUGGAGGCAACUUCGAAGGAUUUGCACUUUGGAGCUUUUGUCUGCCAAGAGGGUCCAAACAUUCAGAACAAUAAGAGAAGAGGAGCUGUCAGCACUUGUGAGGAACAUAUCAGAACACGAAGGCUCCAUCAUCAAUCUCACUGAGAAGCUUUACGUGCUCACAAAUUUUGUAACUGCACGAGCGGCCUUUGGUGCUAAGACCAAGAACGUUGGACAAAUCCUAUCAACUAUGAAACGUGUUCUGGAGGUGUUGAGUGGUUUCUCAAUUGCUGAUCUCUACCCUUCAAUCAAAAUCCUUCAAGUGAUCACUGGCAUUAAAUUUAAGAUUGAGAGAGUGAACAGGGAGAUUGAUAUGAUGGUAAGGAAUAUUAUCAAUGAUCACAUAGAAAAGAAUAAUGAUCCUGGUCAAGAUGGUAAGACGACAGAAGAUGAUCUGAUCGAUGUCCUCCUAAGGAUUCAAAAGGAAAAUGACCUUGAAAUACCAUUGUCUGAAGAGAACAUUAAAGCUAUUAUCAGUGAUAUUUUCCUUGGUGGAACUGAAACAUCAGCAACAACAGUAGAGUGGUCAAUAUCAGAACUUCUUAGAGACCCCAACAAAAUGAAAAAGGCACAAGAAGAGGUAAGAAGGGUUUACGGAAGCAAAGGCUAUGUAGAUGAAUCAGAAUUUCAUCAUUUGAAGUAUGUAUCUGCAGUCAUAAAAGAAGCUCUAAGGCUACACCCACCAGCACCAUUGCUACUUCCGAGAGAAAAUAGCAAGGGGUGUAACAUUAAAGGUUAUGAGAUACCUCCUAAGACUAAAGUCAUCAUCAACAGCUGGGCCAUUGGAAGAGAUCCAAAGUAUUGGGAUGAGCCAGAGAAAUUUGAACCAGAAAGGUUCCUGAAUGCCUCAAUUGAUUACAACUUUAAAGGCACAGAGUUUGAGUACAUCCCAUUUGGUUCUGGUAGGAGGAUAUGUCCUGGAGUCUCAUUUGCUGUAGUUCUUGUUGAAAUCAUGCUAUCCACUUUGCUUUACCACUUUGAUUGGAAACUUCCAAAUGGACUAGAGCACGAAAAGUUGGACAUGACUGAGAAAUAUGGUCCCACUAGAAGGAAAAACAAUCUUUGCUUGAUUCCUAUCAGAUGUGACCCUUAACUUGUCUGCGUUAUUAUCUGACUCCAUCCCCAAAUGCCUCCUUUAUUUACAAGCCUCCAUUUUGUAUUUUGUCAUUGUGCAAACUGCACCGUAUGCGUCUGAUCAAAUAAAGUUGAACAAUAUAAUUCAGAAAAUAACAGUCAUUUUCUUAUGUUUUCAUACAGUUUUUAUUGUCAAUAUUGUGUUUUUAGUGCAUUAGAAGUUUAAUGAUAAAGCUUUAGAUAUUUUCAAAAAU